GAACCAUGGUAGCGUUGAAUGUCGCCGGCCUUCAUGAUGGCCGUCUGCUAGAGAAGGACGCUACCACUUGCCACAGAAGAGGGAAAGUUAUCCCACGAAAGCCUCGAAAGAAAGUAAAGGCGAUCAUCUGUGUUCUUUUUGUGGAGUUAAUCGAGAGGUUCACUUUUUUUGGGAUUGUGUGUAAUAUGAUCCUCUUUUGCACCAUCAAACUGGGAUAUGACAGUUACCAAGCAGCCACAGUAAACCUGUGUUUUGUAGGAGCCAGUACAUUAACACCUGUUCUUGCCGGAUGGAUUGCAGAGACGUGUUUGGGAAGGAAAAAAGUUUUCUACCUUUGUGCACUACUUCAUUUCUUUGGGCUGCUGGCUGCUGCUUGUGGUAUUGGGGGGAUACGUGCUAUCCUCUGCCCACUGGGAGUCAAUAACCUUCAAGGUUAUAAUCAAAAGAAGAUACAAUCUUUUUUUAACUGGAUCUACUGGUUAGUUAAUCUGAAUGCUACAGUCAUCUUCUUGGGGAUCGCCUAUAUUCAACAGUCUGUGGGCAAAAACCUGGGCUUUUUCAUUCCCUUCACUUCUGUUCUCUUGGGACUCAUUGGCAUUCAUAUGGCACGCAGCAAUCUUAUCCUACAUCCUAGAAAAGGUGGUUCAUUGCUUACAACAAUGGGCGUGUUUCUAAACUCUUUACAAAUGUGCUGCCUCCGUUAUCGUCAUUUGAGUGGAGAUGUGACUGACUGGUUUGAUCGUGCCAAAGAGAACAAUGGAGGAUGCUACAGUGAGACCAAAGUAGAAAAUGUUAAGAUUCUGGUCAAGCUUUUUCCUCUUUUUGGACUGCAAUUGCUCUACCGGGCUUGUAUAACCCAGAUCCCAUCAGGAUACUAUCUCCAGACAAUGCAUUCAAACCUCAACCUUAGUGGUGUCAUGCUGCCAAUAGCAGCUAUGAACGUAAUCAGUAUUUUGCCACUUCUAAUUUUAGCACCGCUACUGGAGUUUGUCAGCAUCUGUUACCAGUAUUUAAAGAAAACACCUCCCUCCCCAGUUAAAUUCAUGAUAAUCGGACAUGUAUGUGCAGCUCUGUCUGCACUAAUUGCAGGUAUUUCAGAGGUUCACAGAAAGCACUAUCCUCAGAUGGAUCAGACUAUCUCAGGAACAACGCUUCAAGUGUCCUCAAUGUCCUGCAUACAUCUUGCACCUCAGUACAUCUUACUGGGUGUGGCGGAGGCUUUUGUCACACCAGCAUGCUCUGUUAUCUCUUUCUGUUUGACUCCCAGCAACCUCAGAGGGAUCUCCUUACAAUUCCUAACCCUCUCCUAUGGUGGAGGAUGUUUUCUGGGUGCUCUUCUGAUUCAGUUCUUUUACUUUCUGUCUGGUGGAAGUUUUUAUCCAAAUACAUUAAACAAUGGCAACAUGGAGAGAUUUUUUCUUAUUUUAGCAAUAUUGAUGGUAAUAAACAUCCUGAUACUUUGGAAAAUAUCUAACAGGUAG